UGUGCUUCGUCGGCCAACCUGGACGUGAAGCGCGCGGUCCCGCCUGCCCCUUUCGGCGGAGCCGUAUGGUACGUCGUUGAGGUAGACUAUAUAGCUAAGACGUGGUCAGCAUGCUUCCGCUAAUACUUCUCACCACGAACCAAUCCUCUGGGUUACGCUGCGUCCUCAACCAUAGUCGAGACCUAACGUGCUUUACGAGUGGAUAUGGCGGGCUCGAAUAGUCAACUUCUUGCUGCUCAAUUUGAUGCGAUCGCCAGUAUCAUCGCCGGCGUCGAGGGGAAGCACCGCCCGCUGGCCCAGGUCGCAUCCGCAGAGCAGAAGCGUGCCUGUGCGCACGAACUGUACAAGAGGGCCGUCGCCAUAUUCGAUAUGCUGAAGUGGGACACCGCCGCUAAUGACAAAGCAAGGUGGAAGGCGUUGAGAGACCGUGCUGAGCUGAUGAAGGACGAGAGCAUGACGAAGUACCUCAACGCUGCAGAUGCCCUAUGGCGGUUCACUGUACCAAUCGCACGAGACGCUUUUCAUCGCCAUAGCCUCUAUCUCAACCCAAAGAUGAAGGCGCAAGCGAACGCUCGCCCUGCUUCCGACCGACUUUCUGCGCCCGCUUACAAUACUGCGCCGCGACUCAAUGCCUGCAGGUGGCAGGAGUGUGCAUGUGAAACCUUGGAUAUCGGGCCACAGCCGCUGUGGUACUAUUCCCCGCGUCCGCCCGACAAAUGCCUGUUGCCUACGCACCGGCGUGGGUGCCAUCUUGGAUUCCAUCGCCCAUUGGGCCGUCGCCAUCUGUAUCCUAUCCCGAUUAUGCAGUACUAUUGAGUUGUUUGCCUCCCAUGGUCUGCAGUUUCAUCCUUGCGGCGAAGAUCUCAGCAAUCAUGAUGCAGACGUCGCUCAUCAGUGGUUUGAUGGGCGACUCUCGGUGGAUGUAUGUCGCUGCAAGGCCACUAUGGCUGGCUCUUGUGUCGUCUCCUCCGAGUGGAGUAUAGACUACGCCUUGCUUGUGCAUGCAAUGUAGCUGGCAUACCUUCACCAGG